AUGGACCCACUAGCCCAUAAAUACACCUAUUUCCAGCGGUUUUGGCAUCGCUGGCAGGCCCGCAGAGACAUUCCGUUUCGCCGCAAGUUCUUUGUGGGCUACGACUUGUCUGGCAACACUUAUUGGGAAUUUACUAUAGAUGGAAACCUAAACAACCUUCGUCGCAAACUUGAACCCUAUAUCAAACUGCCUUUUGAAGUCGAUCAUUACCAUACUGUACCACCCCAAUGGCACCAGUGGCUACGUAGGACACGCCCAAAUGCCCCAACCAUACAGGAGCUCGUCAAUGACCAACUUCGACAGGAAAGAAUCAAGAUCUUAGCAAAGCAAGCAGACCAGAAGUGGACUCUAGAAAAGCAAAAACAACAGCAAGCAUUUGAGUCGCAGCUCCAGCGUGAGCUCCAGAAGGUGCAACAACGUUCUGAGGCUACGAAACUUGCAGAAGAUUCCAAGUCGGUGUAUCUAAAUGAUACAAUGAACGACAAAGAAAAACCAAAAAUUACUGAAGAAACAACCACCAAAAAAGAGCAAGAGACUGAUCCAUGGAAAGAGGCAGAUUCUCAGAAGAGCGACAUGACAGCAGCAACUGUGACACCAAAACGAUAA